CGUCAGCAUCCAAAUCUAUUUGCCUACUUGUAACUGCUUUCUUUCUGUGUACAUGUGAAUCAGCAAAUAUCAAUCUCCGGAAAAAUGAAACAACUGAGGUGGACAAAAUGCUGAAUGAUGAUGGAUAUUACGAACCAUUCAAGGAGGAUAGAUUGGAGGUGGAAAAUAUUAUCAAGCAUUAUGACGUAAAAUUGGUAAAACAGGUAAUAAAGGACGAGAGGAAUUUCAGAAGAUUUAUGAAAUGCCAAGAAAACUACACUUCUGUCCACAGCUUACUGAACACUUACAAAGAUAGGAGGUACGGUCCAAAAAAUAAAGGUUGCAAGGCCUAUCUAACUCGGACUCAAAUUCAAGGUCGCAGAAUAUGGUCAAAGUUUAUCGUCGUGGAUCAUGAAGC